UUUCCCACCUCUUUGAUUCAUCCCAACACACAGCUAGUUCCCUUUCUGUGGGAUUUCAGGCGCUGCGGCAUGAACGCACCGACCGGGACCGAAUCUGUGUCGAUAGAGGUGAUGCACGCCGACGUGUAUAGUUUUUAAAUGCGCAAAUAGUGUUUCUUUUUAAGAUAAAAGAGGAAGACGGGACGGAUUGGGAACGUGCGCUGUGGCAUUCUGCUCCUGUCCACCUAGAUUUGAGCAGAGCUAAUGGGGAGAUCGCACAGUCGGACACAAAGCUAGAGCGCUCAAGACCAGACCGUCUACUUCCCUCGUGUCGGCGACUCCGUACUGUCGUGUUGGAUGCCGCUUAACAAGCAGAAGAAGAGAAAGAAAGGAUUUCUCUCGCUCCAGUGGACUAGAUUGGAUUCGGAAUGAUGAAAAAGUGAACUUUAAUAGUUCCAGAAAUCAAAGAAACAAGUGAGGCGGACAGAUAUAUUUUGUGGGAGACUUCAGGCAAAAGUAGGUGCCAACGUUUCCUGCGUGGCAUCGUUGGUCAGGUAAGAAAACGGGUCUACCUGUAGGAUGACCAGCCUUUUCCGACGCAGCAGCAGUAAUGGAGGGUCUCGGGAUGGUGGGGGCUCGGCUACAGGUGAGCUCAACAACUCCAGGCCCAACCGGCAAGUUCGACGGCUGGAGUUCAAUCAGGCCAUGGAGGACUUUAAAACCAUGUUCCCUAGCAUGGACUAUGAGGUGAUUGAGUGCGUACUGCGCUCCAAUAAUGGGGCUGUGGAUGCCACCAUCGACCAACUCCUGCAGAUGAGCAUUGACGGACAAGGCUCAGAUGACAGUUCGGAUUCAGACGACAGCAUCCCACCAGAGAUUCUUGAGCGGACCCUCGAGCCAGACAGCUCAGACGAAGAGCCGCCCCCUGUCUACUCGCCACCAACAUAUGACAUGCACAUAUAUGACAGGAAAUACCCGGAUGCUCCUCCUGUUCCUCCACCCAGAUUUGAGGCCCAACCUCCUCCUGAACACAGACAAGUGCAAGGUUACAAAAACUGGAACCCACCGUUACUUGGCAAUCUGCCUGAUGACUUCCUGCGAAUCUUGCCCCAACAGUUGGACAGUGUACAGGGCUCUCAGAGUAGCGUCUCCAAACCCUCUUCCUCCUCCUCGUCCUCCACCUCAGUACCCCAGAAAGUCCCCACUGUGGCAGCCGCCGUGGAAACAGGUGGUACUUCAGAGCAGGAACGCAAACUGAAGCAAUAUUUGGAGGAUGAGCGUAUUGCUCUCUACCUGCAGAACGAGGAGUUCAUGAAGGAGCUACAAAGGAACCGAGAGUUCCUCAUUGCAUUGGAAAGAGAUCGAUUGAAAUACGAGUCAAAGAAAUCCAAAUCCAGUCAUUCAUCAGCUAGCAUGGAGAACUCCACAGGUGACCACUAUGCUUCCGGAUCGGUAGAGGCCUGUACAGCAGUCUCAGAUGACGCUCUGUUUAGAGACAAGCUAAAGCACAUGGGGAAAUCAACCAGGAAAAAGCUGUUUGAAAUUGCCAGAGGGUUCUCAGAGAAGACAAAGCGGAGGAAGUCUAAAAGAAGAACGUUGCUACGGCAUCAUUCAUAUCCUUCAACUUUGGAUCCAACCACUAAAUACCUGCUUAAUAUUGAAAGUCGGUGUGUCUUUCUAGACGAAGAAAGUCAGCUUAGACGAUUGGCUGCACAGGAAGAGGAGGAGCCACGUAAGGAACCACUAUCAUGAUCCCUCUGUGCUCUUGGGAAAUUAGGGUUUCCAUGGUGACCUCAGAAUGACCCAUGGCUGAUAGCUCCUUAUCUCAGUGGCUCUGGUAUUUAGCUCAGUGCCAGGCAAUCGCAGACUCCAGAGGAACAGCCCACCCCAGACCAGCCGAGGCAGGACUGUACGAUCAUUUUGUAGCAGCCUUUUGCGAGCCUAAGAUUAUUGUUACCUACAUUUGAUUACUAUUAUAGUUAUUGUAUUGUAACUGUUUGUUAAUAUUUGGUUUCAUAUGUAAAACUCAACAGGUAUAGUACUGAUUUCCAGCUAUGUAUUUUUUUCUUUUUAUCCAUAAUCAUUUGGAAAGAAAUUCCCUUUAUGUUUGUUUAAAAAAUAUAUAAUUUACCUGAGGAAUUUUAUUUCCCCACUUAUAUUUGAUAUGACUUGACACCAUUUGAAAAGAGGCAAAUGAUUUGUAUAUUACUGUCCACAAUCAAUGGUCAGUCAUUUCAGCACAUUAGUAUAUAACUCAUUUCUUAUUUUUAAUGGACUUUCAAGAGUCUAAUCUGCACAUUAAACAUCAAAGGCAUUUCCUUUAAAAAUGUACUCAGAAACCUUUCUUUAUCGUUGCUAUUAAGAAAUCGUUAUUCAGGUGUCCAUUUAGUCUGGUGUAAUUUAGGGUGCUGAAUAGCCCAGUUCCAUACUACUUUUUCAUACAGUUAAAUCAAAACCAAUAGUUCAUUCAGAUGAGAUGCCCUCCUUUAAGAGUAAGGCAAUGCACAUUCUCUAUGUAAUACAUCCUCCAUGCCAAAAUUUGAUUUCAGUAAUUUUUACACAAAAAAGAAAGGCAAAUCGAGUUUGCCUGCUUCUCAUGUUUGCACUGCCAUAUCAGUUUUAUAAAAUAUUGAAAUACU